AAUGAACAAGUGCAGGAGGUUUUCGAUCUCCAUCACUACAAACCGCUUAAAAAGUAUUUAACGUCGCUCGGAUUGAAUCCGUUCAACGAGACUUGGGGUAGCAAGAUCGGUGCGAAUGUGAUGUUCUACACCUUAAUCCUAGGCAUUACACCACUGUUCAUACAGUUAUGUGUCGUAAUCCAAGACACAGAUGUAGAUGCAAUAAUCGACGAAUUACCCCAUUUACUUCUAGCCGUUUUUAAAAUAUUGCUAAAUUUUAUUCUGAACGAUUGGGUGAUGCUGACGAGAGAACUACCGGUGCUAGAGAAAGCUACUGCGCAGGGGAGUAGACUUGCACGGUUCUACAGAGUCACCUUAAUCUUAGCUGCACUAGUCUUCAUAUACAUUCCCUUAAUAAAUCCAACACUGGAUUUAAUAAUGCCUAUCAAUGGAACUCGACCGAAGCAACAACUAUUUGGUGCAUGUUACGUAUUUGUAGACGCUGAUGAUCAUUUUGCCGCUGUAUUUCUACAUUUGGGUUGGACCACAUUCGUGACGUUGAUACAGUUAUAUGUCGUAAUCAAGGACACGGAUGCAGAUGCAAUAAUCGACGAAUUACCUCAUUUACUCAUACUCAUUUUUAAAAUAUUACUAAAUUUUAUUCUGGACGAUUGGGUGGUGCUGACGGAGGAACUACCAGUGCUGGAGAAAACUACGACGCAGGGGAGUAAACUUGCACGGUUGUACAGAGUCACCUUAAUCUUAGCUGCACUAGUCUUCAUAUACAUUCCCUUAAUAAAUCCAACACUGGAUUUAAUAAUGCCUAUCAAUGGAACUCGACCGAAGCAACAACUAUUUGGUGCAUGUUACGUAUUUGUAGAGGCUGAUGAUCACUUUGCCGCCGUAUUUCUACAUUUGGGUUGGACCACAUUCCUGUCGGUCUACAAUAUCUCUAUCGUAGAUUCGUUAUACAUACUAAUCAUUCAUCACGUUUGUGGAUUGUUUGACGUGUGCGGGUGA